AUGCCGCCUCAAAACCGGUCUCUCGAUCCCCGAGAACAUUAUGCUCUCCAUGGGCACUCCUCGUCUGACACCUCUGUCCAGAAUAGGGGCCAACAGAACCCGGUGAGCAAGAGUCAGCAUAAAACACAACGAAAGAAGAUCAACAAAGCCUCCAAAAGUGACACGCAAGACCGUCGCUCAAGCACCACAUCUUCUCAUGUCUCUGCUGUAAUCACACCCACGGAUAAGGCGAACGGAAAUGUCGUUGUUAUCGACGAAGCCGUUCUGAGCAAGGCGGAUGCUAUCAUUUCGAAUGCUGCUAAGGUCAUUGCCAACGCCACGAACAGUUAUCUGUCGUCCACUUCGGAAGUGAAGGAACAUACACACGCUAUCCAAGACCAUCAUCAGAGCCACCCAGCCAACGGAUUUCCGGUCACGGGAGCUUCUACAGCACCAGAAUCGGUGCGAACGAGGCCAAACACUCCAUUUGUCUCCGGCCGCAACGAAGGUCAAGGUCCCCGUAAACAUCGUCCUGGGUCCACCACGCCAUUUGGUUCGAAUAUCAACCACGCUCUCCAACCCGUUCGUUUUCAGAACCCGUUUCCAGUCGGUGGUCCACCUACCCCAACGGGGUGUGCCGCCACCCUACUCGAUGCCAUUCCUGCACACCAGCGGGUAGAGAUCAAGCAGAAGCUUGAGACCGUGUGUGCCCAGCAGAACAAGCGGAUAAAGAACAUUGGGCACCAACGUUUCGAGCUCUGCGAGAGGUUCGCCACGCUCAGGAAGGGAGAGGUCGCUUGCGAACAAGAGAUUCUUCACCAUCAACAGGAGUUCAUCCGCUUCUUCAGUUACUCGAUGAUUGAAGAGGAUGCGGAACGCAAGCUGGCGGCCCAGAAGAUGGCGUUGCAGCACGGCAGGCGCGCGAAUGAGCAACAGUACAAGGAGCGGAGCUACCGAGAUGAGCUGGAGCAAGUGCGUAUGGACUUAUGCCUGCUCGACAAGGAAGAGCUCCAGUUCUACACGGAUACUCACCAUGGGCUCGUCGCUGAGAUCGUGAAGCUCUUGGGUACAAAGUAG